AUGCAAAAUCCCAUUCCGUUUCCGAGUCAACUUCAGGACAAUGGCCCAGUUUCCAUCGAUGGCUCAGACUGGCCCUGUAAGGGUGAAGUCGAUUACGAUUGGUCCGGCAUAGCCAACAUCUGGGAAAGAGGCUCGACGCAAUACUUGCAAGCCAUGGGAGGCGCUUCGCACGGGGGAGGUUCAUGCCAAAUCUCGGUGACACGGGACCCCAAACCCACAAAGAAGAGCAAAUGGAGAGUCAUCCACUCCAUCGAGGGCGGUUGUCCGAUCAGAAACUUGACCGAGGUCAACUACGGAGUCUCUCCCACCGCCGUUCUGCCCAGCUUCUACAACUUCACCGUCCCAGACUGGCUGCCCUUGGGACCCGCCGUCAUGGCAUGGACCUGGUACGGACGAUGGAGCGUUCCAGAAAUGUUCAUGAACUGCGCCCCGAUCAUUAUCCUGGGACAGGAAGCGAACGCAGACGUCCCCGAAGAGGAGCGAUGGGCAAGGUUUGGCCAGGCGCCCCUCGUAUUCGAGGCCAACAACGGAAACGGUUGCUGGACCCAGAACAAGGGCAGCUGCGUGAAGUUUCCUAACCCAGGCGAGUCUCUUGUGGUUAACGAGGAGUGUCCUCUAUUCGAGGACAGAAUGUUCACGGGAAAGUGCGGGCCUGACAGGAGCCUGGGCAACCUCUGGAGUUGGCCGUCAAAUUGGGUCGUACUCUGCGGCAGUGCGUUUGCUGUAGCUUUUGUUUUUGUUGCCAUACGUGCCGCCAGAAUCUGGCGUGGAAGGCAAAAUUACGGGCAUCGUAAGCUUGCAACUGACGAUGUCUAG